UUUACUUGCAUUUCUUUUCCUGCAAAACUUCUGCGAGAAGCUUUACUGUGUGUUUCUUGUGCGUGAAUUGCGGUAACAACUGGGGAUCUCUACAUCAAGCCUUUCGAAACUGAAACCAAAAUCAGGUAAUGUAUACGAAUCUCUGAUUUUAAGUUAAUCGAAGUGUCUCUCUCCUUUCUCCCUUUCUGUGGUUGAUUUAGAAUCCUCUGGAGGAAGUUAGGGUUAGAGGCGAGAGGGAUUUUGAAUGUGCAACAAAGAAGGGGGGUUUUUUUUUUUUUUUUUAAAUCCUGACUUAUUCCUCCCCCCUACUUCGUGCAGAGUUUGAGAAAAUGUCAUCAGAAAGAACACAGAGUAUAGUAGGGAGUGAGGUGGAGCCCCUGGACUAUGGGAGCAUGGACACAGAGAGUAGUCCAUCUCCAUCUAGUUCGGAGAAAACAGUGGAAGGGGUAAGAGGAGAUAAGGUGGUGGAGGUUGGGGGGAACGAGGUGGUAGGGGUUGAGGGAGAUGGCCUUCCCAUUACCAUAGUAGAAGUAGAAGAAACGUACGAGAUCUCUUCUCGAGUGUUAGUUAGACCAGAUGGGGUAGAGGAGAGGGCGUGCUCUGCUCCUCGGGAUCAUUGGAUGCCUGUGUAUUCCCACUAUUUGAUAGCGGGACUCAGGUUUCCACUUCCUGAGUUGCUAAUAGGUUUACUGUUAGAUUACAACAUAGGGUUGACACAGUUGGUCCCCAACGCAAUGAGGGGAGGAAGUAGGAGGGAUAAGGGGUGGUAUUAUUUCACCCCUAGGGUAGCUAAGAAGGAGAAUAGGAUUUUAUUCACUGCGGGUCCUUCAUCCAUUAAGGGAUGGAAGGAAAAAUUCUUUUUUGUGGAUAACACAGAGUGGGGGAAAGGGGAUGCCGAGGUGAGGGCGUUAGCCUCCUGGAAGGCCAAAAGGGCCAACCAGAAUAAGUUUAGCUUGAAUGAGGAUGAGGAGGAAGAAGUGGGGAAGUUGGUGAGGAAGGGGGGAGAUGUGUUGAAUAUCAUAGACCUCAACAGCGCAGCAUGCAUAGAGGCUGCUGAGCUCUAUGGGCCAAGCGCUCUGAGUGAAGCUGAAAUGGAUCAAUUUUUGAACACUGCUGGAGGAAAGGCUAUCCCCAAGAAGCCAAGGAAGAAGUCAAAUACUUCAACCAAACGAGUGGAUGAGGGGAGGGCCAAGAAGGAGGCAGUGCCUGCGGCGUCAGCUGAGACGGAGGAGGAGGUGCCAGCGCUGAAGAGGAAGGGCUGGGAGGAGAGGAGGGCUUUGCAGAAGAAGCAGAAGGUGGUGGAGGAGGAGAGGGGGAAUGAGGUUCCUGUGUUCGUACCUCAGCCUCCUCCUGUUGAGCUGAACCCUGAGCUCAGAUACCUGUUCGAGGCGAAUAACAUGACGGGGGCUAGGUGGUUCAUCAACAACACCUUCCCCGAAGUGGACCAAAGCAACGUGCGGGAGGAGGCUCUGAGGUAUGGUGGAGCGUCCGUGGUGAGACACGUUCUAGAGGAAUUCAGGGAUAGCCUGAAGGAGCGCUCACUCUUACAGAGGCAGUAUGACCAGCUGCAGAAGGAGAAGAAGGAGCUGGAGAAGAAAAAUAAAGAGCUACAAGAGUCUCUGAACGAGGUGGUUCCAACUGUGAAGCAGUUGGAACAGGAGAAGUCUUCCCUGGGCACCAAGCUUGGCUUUGAAGAGACCAAACGAAAGAUCUCUGAAAGCGAGCGUGAGGCUCUGGCACAAGAAUUAAAGCUGACGAAGGAGGCUUUCUUGGAGCUGAAGGGGAAUGUGCAGACCUUGGUGCACAAUGGGAUGAAGGAGCACAUUGGCAACUUCAUCAGCUCCAGCUCGUUUGACAACAUCGUCAACUUAUACCGGCUGCCUACGGCCAUCAUCGCAUUCACGGACUGCAGGAAGAAGGUGAAGGUAGAAUAUCCCGAAGUGGAUAUUACGAAGAUCACCUUCGGAGAGCAAGAAGAAGGAGUGGAGGAAGAUGGUGAGAGCAUGUCAGCAGACUUCCAUCCUCAAAUCAAACUGAGGUGGGAGGAUGAUGUAAACGGACGUGCUGUUUUCCCUCCACAGUUCAACUUCGAGUUCGUGGCAGUAGAGGAUGAAGGGGUAGAGGUAGAGGAAGACGAGAUGGAGGCAGGAGUGGAGGGAGCUGAAGUGGGUGAGAGCCAACUCGCUCCAGAAGUGGAGAUUCAUCCGGUUCCCUCCGACGAUGAGCAGCCUCCUCUGCCAGACGAGCAGCAGCCAAGACAACCACCUCUUCCAGCUGAAGAGGAGCCAGUGGAGCCACCUCCUCCAGCAGAGAACUAAUUUUGAUUUUUGAUUUUUUGUAAAGACAGUUAAAUAGUUUGUAAUUUUUAUGUUUUUGUGAAUGAAAGUUUAUUUUUGAAAUAACUUGUUUAUUUGUGUUUGUCUUUUUGUUGAUAGAAGAACUGAGGCGACUUUAAAAAGGAAAGUUAAUAAAAAGAAGUUAAUCAC